CCUCAUCUGCUCUUCGCUGUGGAGGAAGGGAGAGAGAAAGAGAGAGUUUUGACAAGCACAAGCCACGAGAGCGUCGGAGGAGCCAGUGAGCAGGUGGUGCACCCUGGGAUUGUGGGAUCUAAACAACAUUGAAGGGGGAACGUGGAGCCGGAGGAGUCUGGGAACCGGUUCAGAGGAACAGGAGGAACCACGUUGUGAGAGGAAAAGUCGCAGCUUCGUUUCCCGUCAGUAACAUCCCUCAUCAACCGACGCCAUGGCAGCUGAGAAAGCUGAAAUGGAUGCCCUGAAGAAGGAGUGCGAUGGCCUCCGCGCACAGAUCGAGGCGGCCCGUAAGGCUGUGAACGAUGGCAGCAUGAGCUCGGCAGCAGGGGGCAUCGACGACGUGGGCCGAGUCCAGCUGAAGCUCAGGAAGACGCUCAAGGGUCACCUGGCCAAGAUCUACUCCAUGCACUGGUCAGCUGACUCCAGGUCAAUGGUCAGUGCAUCACAGGAUGGCAAGCUGCUGGUCUGGGACGCCUUCACCGGCAACAAGCUGAUCGCCGUCCCACUGAAGUCGGCCUGGGUGAUGAGCGUGGCCUUCGCCCCCUCUGGGAACCUGGUGGCCAGCGGAGGUCUGGACAACAUGUGCACCGUCGUCAACAUCAAGGCCGCCAGCCCCAAGACCCUCAGGGAGCUGGACGCACACACAGGUUACCUGUCCUGCUGCCGCUUCCUGAGCGACACUGAGAUCCUGACGGCCUCCGGUGACACCACCUGCUGCCUGUGGGACCUGGAGACCGGGAAGCAGAAGAUCAUCUUCACCAAUCACAUCGGAGACUGCAUGUCGCUGGCUCUCUCCCCCGACACCAACACCUUCGUCUCUGGAGCCUGCGACUCCCUGGCCAAGCUGUGGGACCUGAGGGAAGGGACCUGCAAGCAGACCUUCAGUGGACACACCAGUGACAUCAACGCCAUCCAGUUCUUCCCCAAUGGACACAACUUCGUCACCGGCUCCGACGACACUUCCUGCAAGAUGUACGACCUGCGCUCUGACCAGGAGGUGAGCAACUACCAGGACAGCAGCCUGAACGCCGGCGUCACGUCUGUGGCUCUGUCCAACUCCGGCCGCCUCAUCUUCGCCGGCUACGACGACUUCAACUGUCACAUCUGGGAUUCUCUGAAGGGAGAGAAAGUCGGUGUUCUGUCCGGCCAUGACAACAGGGUGAGCUGCACCGGCGUCCCUGCGGAUGGGAUGGGAGUCUGCACAGGAUCCUGGGACAGUUUCCUCAAACUGUGGAACUGAGGCGUCCCGGCGGAGGAGAAACACCAGGAGGAGGACGAGCAGGGGGGGAGGAGGUAGAGGAGGAGAAGUGGGGUUGGGGGAGAGCACACCUUCCUCUCUUUCUCUCUCCCUCUCCACCUCCUCCUUGUUCAUGUAUGCAAAACGAGAGUCUGUGAGUGAGUCCGUUGUGUAAAUGGCAUCAGGCAUCAACAGUGAGUGAUGCAUCCCACUCUAUGUGCACCAGCUUCAUUACAUCCAGACCAUAAUUUAAAAAAAUAAAAACGUUGAUAAAAAAUAGUGCGUUAUUCAAAAUGAGCAGAAAAAUAAGCUCCUAUCGAUGUCAAUUAAACACGUAGAUGUUUGACAAUAACAGAGAAAGAACACAUGUUGAAAGUGAGGCUGUAGACUUACAGAUUUAUUUUUAUCGUCUUUGACCUGCACUUAUUUAGAUGAAAUAUCGAUAUGUACAUUUAUUUCUAUUUUAGAGAUUUAACUCACUAGGAUGAAGAGUCGAUGUACAGUGUCUUUUCUUGUUUUUUUGGCUGCACAUAUCCACAGUGUAUGUGUCUGGUCAAGGUACGGCCGCCAUCUUGGGUCCCCUGCUAACGACCAGCAGCCUUUGAUCCAAGAUGGCCGCUGCCGUUUCCCCGUCUCACCUGUGAAAAUCCGACGCUGUGUAAACACUCUGUAAAAAACCUGUAAACUGUAUUUUACUCCCCCGGGUUCAGCUGCAUUUUGUAGUACUUUUACACACGUGUGCAGUUCCUCUGUAAAAAGACAAAAUGUUUGUUGAAAAUCUUUAUAAUAAACAUAGAAUUCUGCAUUAACACCA